AUGCAUCUUUUGCAUGGGUCGUGGCCCCAUGAAAAGGAACCUCACAUAUACGAAUCAAAGAAUAAGAAGAAUAAGAAGAAGAAGAAGGCGACAACAACGAUACAGAGAAAGGAAAGAAGAAGAGAACUCACUCAGGACUCAGCAGGCCUGCCUGUUACCUGUACGUCGCGUGUUUGCCUACCCGCGUCACGAUCAGGAUCCUAUUUGCAUAGUGCCGAUGAAGCUGCUACCGUUGUUGCUUCUGCUCCUGUUGCUGGUACUGGUACUGGUACUGGUACUGGUAAUAGUACUGGUUGGUUGGUUGGUACUGGUGCUAGUGGGGAGGAUGAGGAUUGGAGCGACUCCGAAAAAACCCCAUCGGUGAGCAGCGGCGUCGAGGGUGGUGGAUCAGCUGUUUCUAGUCCAGUUGGUGCAGUUAAUGUUGAGGAGGACUCUAGUUUACCACCACCACCUAGAUUGAACGCUUCCUCAUCAUCCUCGAAUAGUAUAGUCUUUAAUUCAGCUGCCGAUGAUAUCAAGCAACGAUUUAAUGUCCUUACGGAGAACGCUAGAAAGCGAUUAACUAGUCUCACCGAAGAAAUUACGAGAGAAACGCAAAGAGAUCGUCACGUAUUGUCGAGAUUAACGAGAGAAUCCAGUCCGAAGGAUAUCGAUGAUUCGGAAUCGUCUAGUAUAGUGAUAGUUAAAGACGAAGAAUGUCAACAAAAACCACCGUCUUCCUUAACGACCACUUCCUCAUCAUCAUCAUCAUCAUCAUUGAUAAGAAGAAGAGAAGCGAGUACGAGAAGAGACAGCGAGGAUUCAACGAGACGUACGAAUACAACAACGUCGAGUUGUAUUAUCGAGGAUGCACCACCAGAUCCGAAAAAAAUGAAAUUAGAAGAGGACGUAGCACCAAGACUGAGAUUGAAUGCUAGUCUAGCGACGGAUCCAGCACUUCGGCCUGCUGCCGUAGCAGCACUUACCGUCAAACCUGAGAAUGCUUCUUCCCCGCCUAAUCCCGGCCCACCUUUACCUGCCGGCCUGCAGAAUGCGAUUGCAUCGGGUCGUUUGUUCGUCCUACCAACCGACGGGAAAGAAACUAUCACCGUUGAACCUGCCAGACCGGCUCCCCUCUACUGUCCACCGUGUGGUAUUCGUUUUAGUUCGGCAAGCACUUUGGAGGCUCAUCGUACCUUUUAUUGCGCCCACCGACCGCGUUUAGAAGAUGAUGCUACCAAUGAUGAGGACGAGGAGAAGUCGAAUAAGUUUGAAGUUAGGAAAGCUUACGCUUGUCCACAUUGUUCAUACAGUGCUGACAAAAAGGUCUCGUUGAAUCGGCAUAUGCGAAUGCAUUCGGCUUCUCCGGCACCACCGACGAUUCCAACAGUACCACCACCACCACCACCAUCAUCAUCAUCAUCGGCUACGACAGGAACAACACUUGGAAAUAAUUCAACGAGCGCAUCGAACGGUUCCUUGAACGAGGAAGCUGAAAGAUAUUGUCGUAAUUGUGACAUCAGAUUUAAUUCAUUGAAGACUUAUCGGGCACACAAAACGCAUUAUUGCAGUACCAGGCACGUUGUCAAAGACGGUGCACCACCACCCCCACCACCACCAGUACCAACAGGAGCAUCUUCUUCCUCGGCUAAAGCUUCCCCACCUACCAGUUCAAGUCCUGGCGAUUCGCCCCCACCUCAGCCAUGUUUGGCAUUACCUACCAAUCCGAUUCUCAUCGUACCGUAUUCCCUAAUACGGGGUGCCAGUGUCUUGGCUGCACCGGCACUUCCCGCACCCGACACCGCCUGUUUUUUACUGCCAAAUGGAUCUUUGCAACCAAUGAUGAGAGGAUUAGCAAGCACGAAUACCGUAACCGAACCACCAGCCGUCCUUAGAGCAGCCAACAAACCUACCACGCCUGCAUCCCUCGUUGGUUCCUCUACCUCGCCGUCCGUAUCGACUCCACUCGAUCUAAGUGUUAGAAGAUCACCUACGGCACAUCAGGAUGAAAAGGAAAACAGAGUUUCGCCAGCUCCAACUUCGCUUCCCCCACCACCGGGUAGUCCAAGAUCGUCUAGAGGUAGUGCCAGUCCAAGAGCAAGGUCUAUUAGUACGAAUCAAAGUAGCAGUACCGGAUCCGCACCACCAACAGUUCAAACAGAAUUAGCUCUUAGAUUGGCCGAGUUACCACCUCCUCCUGUUCCUGUACCCGUACCUGGUGUCCUCGUUAAGCAUGGUGUUUCCAGAUGCAAAGAAUGCAACAUCGUCUUUUGUCGACACGAAAACUUCGUCGCUCAUAAGAAACACUAUUGUCAAGCAAGGGAAACAACUGUGAGCAAUAGUCCACCACCACCGAGCACUCCUUCGCCACCAUUGGUUCAACUAAUUUGUGCAGCAUGUGGUAUUAAAUUCGCUUCCAUGGAUAAUCUCGUCGCGCAUCAAGCUUUCUAUUGUCCGAAAAGGCCCGAAUCGCAGGAACAUCAUUCUCGGUGCACGAAAUGCAAGGCAAUAAUAGAAGCAGGUAGUACGCAUACUUGCAGUGGUGGACCAACCGGUGGUUGGCGGUGUCCCGUAUGUGGUGCCGUCAGUCCAACCGCUGGUGCAGCACAACGUCACAUGGAUGCUCAUCAAGGUGUUAAAGCAUUCAGGUGCACGAUUUGUCGUUACAAAGGGAAUACCUUACGUGGUAUGCGAACGCAUAUAAGAAUGCACUUUGAAAAACGUGGGACGGAUCUUCAGGAGGAAAAUUACAUAACGUGUGUCUUGGAUGACGAAGCUGUUAUUCCAACACCAGAACCAGCACCUGCAACAACACCAGAAGAAAUACCAGCCGAGGUUCAAAUCAAUGGAAAAAGUGAGGUCCGUAAAAGUCCUCAACCUUCUAUUUUGCCAGCAGCACCCCCGGCCGCGACAGUCACGGCCAGUAAAGUUAAACAGGAACGCGAGGAAAGUCCACCACCCGAGGAAAGUCUCGACCCAAAUAAGACUGGUCCACGUUAUUGUCGAUCGUGCGAUAUAAGUUUCAAUUACUUGAGCACGUUCAUAGCGCACAAAAAAUUUUAUUGUUCGAGUCAUGCGGGGGAGGCGAGUAAUAACAAUAACAAUAAUAAUAAUAAUAAUUCUAGUAGCCAUACUGCUACCACUCCGCCCACUGGUAGAACCGAGGCAUCCGUACUUUAGAUGUGUUAGUUUACAAUUAUAAAAAAUAACUCGAUCAUUUUUUAAAUGAUGCGUUGGACAUUUGAACAAUGAAAAACAACACCUACGAUGAUCACGAUGAUGACGACGAUGAUAAUGAUGAUGAUGACGAUGAUGAUGACGACGAGUCUGUUAAUUGUUGCCAGUUAAACAAAUAUAUAUCAAACUAAAUUAACCGACUUAGUUGACUUACCAUCAUGUGUGAUUUUUGUCGAUCCAGGGAAUUGUUGUUCGUACUUACGAUAAGCCGAUUUACAAUUGCAUCAAUAUAUGUACAUAAACACUUUUAUCGGAUUCAUAAAAGAAAUUUA